UUGCGGACAUGUGCGGACAUGAACCAGGAUAGCUCGGUCACCAUUGGGAUUUUCAGCUACAUAUAACCACGGAGAACCUAGAAGGACAUAUGCUCAUCACUCUGCAACUUUGAGUCCACAGCUGAUAGGAGUUUUUUGAAGCACCUUCUUCCAUUUGAGAUGGCCACCCCAGUGAAGCUGCGGAUCAUCUUUGGCGAGGAUGACAUUCGCAAACUAGUUCUGCCUUCAGGCAUCCCAGGCACAAUUCAGGACCUCACUGAUGUUAUUCAAGAGACAUUUCGCAUUACAGGAUCAUUCACUGUACUGUAUCAGGACAUGGAUUUUGGUGGUCAGUUUUUCACUUUGACCUCAAUUGAGGAAGUACAAGAUAAGGCUACCCUCAAACUUGUAAUGGCUGAAUCAGUAGUCUUAACUCUCAGCCCUGUAGAAUCCCUAGUACCCCAGUCUUCUGAUGCAAGCUCUUGCCAUUCAUCUGGAUCUCAGGACACAAUCCUGCUUUCCCACCAAGAUGAAAGUGGAACAUCUUACAGAUCUAAGCCAUGGCCAACUAAUUUUGAAAUACCACCUUUUUCUUAUGAUGUUGAACUUGUACUGGAAGCUGGAAACCAGGCUUAUGAAAAGGAAGGCACACUGUUGAUCAACCCGAGAGUAACAAGUAGCAUACUUGACAAGCUAUCAGAGAAAAUAUUUUGCUUCACAGCAUACCCAACUGGUGUCCAGAUUUUAGCUGUAGCUAAAGCCUUGGUAGAAAAGUACCCAUGCCUCAAAGAGCCAGGGUCUUUUAAUGGCUUAUAUGGCUGGCAACAGAGGAUCAAGUAUAAAAUGGGCAAUUACCGGGCAAAGUUAAGAAGUUGCCAGCUAGCUUUUCCAGAACUGGAGGUUAACACACUGAAGAGACGAUGCGCCAAUGAAGAAGGUUCCUCUAAAGGCAUCAAAAGGCCAAAGAAAGCUGAAGUGAACUACCUGCCACCACUGCCAUUAGGUGAGACAGAGGAAACUGUAGAGAAGGAGAGACUAGAUUUGCUCAAGGAAAUAAAGAAGAAGAACAAUGGGAAGAUAAUUAAUGAGAAAAUGGAGAAGUCUUUUGCAGUCAGAAGAAUAGAGGUUGUAAAUCACUGCCCCACCGUUCAAGACCUCAUGGAACGAUGGCCUUCUCUGUUCAGUGAAACUCAGAUCAAAGAAGAGUUCAAAAGAAUAACCACAAUUCAUCUGGAGCGAACCUUUUUGUCCAAACUGGACAGGCACACCACCAAACUCGUGGAGAUAUUUCGGAAGAAGGGCGGGAUUGCAGGAAUGAAGAUUCGACCAAUGUUGAACUCACUGAGUGAGCAACACGUCGAAGGCAGAAGAGACAUCAUCAUCCGUUGCUUGGUUGAGUUCCUUGGAGAGUCUGCAGAGGAGCUGAUCAAAGACUACCAGAAUGUCAGCCAAGAAGCAGUGAAAGAGGACUGCAGUCAACACAUCAUGAAGAUCAUUGUCAUCCAUCCGAACGGGGCACAGGAAAAUCAAGAUUCCAGCUAUGUGUCGGUAAUCGUAGAGGGGAAAGAGGUUCUGGAGGACUGCAGAAGUGUGGCAAAUGCUUGCCUGCUGCUCAUGGGUGUCAUCUAUGCAGUCAAUUUAAGUUACCCACUGAAACUGAAAUACACAUUUGAAGUAUUUCAGAAACUGUUUCUUGAGCUUGACAUCCUUAAAAUGUCUUCAAAAGUCCAGGCUCUCCACAAGAAACUCUGAGCAUGAGUGUUUGCAGUGUUGCAGUGUUUCGAGUCUUUGUGCUUAUGUCCCAUAAAGGAAAGUUGUUGUUUUUUUCUUUCCCCGCAUUUCCUGUCAGUGAUCACAGCGAUCCACUACCAGACAGUGUUGAUAGACACAUUAUACAUGUGCUGUUCUCUGUUCUGAGAUUUAAAAGCAAGCAAAUCAUUACAGUACAUGGACUCUAAAUCAUCAACAUGUUUACAGUAUGUUGCAGUUAUGAUAAUGUUUUCUAUUCAGUCAAUUUAAGGUUCCCAUUGAAACUGAAUACACACUUGAAGUGUUCACAAGUGUGAGUGUUUGCACAAGUGUCCCACAUAAGAAAUGUGGAUUUUUUUGUUUUUGUUCACCUUUCCUGUCAGCAAUCACACCAAUCUACCACCAAACAUUGUUGAUAGAAAGUAAGACGUUACAUGGACUCUUUAAAUCGUUAACAUCUUUAUGUUUGCAGUUAUGAUAAUGUUAUGUAGAUAUUUUAAAUAUCUAUGCCAAUUUAAAUGGUAAAUAAAGAGUGCAUUUGAAUUAUUGGAAAAUGUUUCUUUACUCUGU